AAAAGAAAUAGACCAGAAAGCAUUUACACAUUCCUUUUAAACAUUUGAAAGCUCUCGUUUCCCUCUUCAGUCUUUGGUUUUAAACUUGAUGGAGCUUCCUCAUUCUUAGUCCCUGACAGUCUGAAAGACUUGAACUCCAAGACCUUCAUUAUGCUCAAAUUGAAAAGCCAGGCCUUCCUUAUUCGAAACCAUGGCAUGCCUAGAUUCCCCAAGUUUACUUCAGCAGCUGCCUUAGCUGAUACCACAAUUACCCAGACCCUUAUACAGGAAGUGCCACAACCUCGAAUUCAACCCCCCGGACUGUUCAUCACUGCCCUGCAGAGCUCUAGAAACAUCUUCCACAUUAGGCAAGUCCAUGCCCAAGUUGCUGUCAAUGGAAUCCUCCAAAACCUCACUGUUGCAAACAAGCUCCUCUACAUGUACGCACAGCAUAAGGUGCUGGGUGACGCUUAUGCUCUGUUUAGUGGGAUGGUGGAAAAGAAUGCAGUUUCGUGGAGUGUAAUGGUUGGUGGGUUUGUGAAGGGUGGUGAUUUUGCUAAUGGUUUUAGAACAUUUAGGGAGCUCAUUCGAUGUGGGAUGCCGCCGGAUAAUUACACAUUGCCUUUUGUGAUAAGGGCUUGUAGGGAUUUGAUGGACCUGAAAAUUGGCAGGUUGGUUCAUGACAUUGUUCUGAAACAUGGGUUGCUUUCGGAUAAUUUUGUAUGUGCUGCUCUGGUGGACAUGUAUGCGAAAUGUAGGGUUAUAGAUGAUGCCCGCCAACUGUUUGAUAAUAUGCCUAACAGGGAUAUUGUAACAUGGACAGUGAUGAUUGGUGGGUUUGCUGAGUGCAGGAAUGCGAGUGAGUCUUUGGUUCUGUUUGAUAGGAUGAUAGAUGAAGGUGCUGUUCCAGAUAAGGUUACUAUGGUGACUGUUGUUAAUGCAUGUGCAAAGUUUGGGGCUAUGCAUAAGGCCAGACUUGUUCAUGAUUAUAUACGUAGGAAUAAGUUUUACUUGGAUGUGAUCUUGGGGACGGCGAUGAUUGAUAUGUAUGCUAAGUGUGGGUGUGUUGAUUCCGCAAGGGAAAUUUUCGACAGGAUGCAAGUGAGGAAUGUUAGAACAUGGAGUGCCCUGAUUGCGUCUUAUGGUUAUCACGGGCGCGGCAAGGAAGCUCUUGAGAUAUUCGAGAUGAUGUUGAGCAGUGGAGUGUUACCAAAUGCAGUUACAUUUAUUUCACUAUUAUAUGCUUGUAGUCAUGCUGGCUUGACUGAAGAGGGUCUGCGGUUUUUCUCAUUGAUGUUGGAUGAAUAUGCUGUCAGAGCAGAUGUUAAACAUUAUACUUGUAUGGUGGAUCUUCUAGGUCGUGCUGGGAAACUUGAUGAGGCCUUGAAAUUGGCUGAGAGUAUGGCAGUCGAGAAAGAUGAGGGGUUAUGGAGUGCUUUGCUUGGGGCAUGUAGAGUCCAUGGGAAUCUAGACCUAGCAGAAAAGGCAGCUAGUUCACUGCUUGAACUACAGCCCGAAAACCCAGGGCAUUACGUAUUGCUUUCAAAUAUUUAUGCAAGAGCAGGGAGGUGGAAAGAAGUGGCGAAGAUGAGAAAUCUGAUGACCCGGAGGAGACUAAAGAAAAUUCCUGGUUAUACUUGGAUUGAGAUAGAUGACAAAAACUACCAAUUUGGUGUUGCUGAUAGAACUCAUCCACAAUCAGAAAACAUUUAUGCUAUGCUGAAGAGUUUGAGUCACAAACUGGAGUUGGCUGGUUAUGUCCCUGAUACGAAUUUUGUGUUGCAUGAUGUUGAUGAGGAAGUUAAAGUGGAUAUGUUGUACACCCAUAGUGAGAAGUUGGCAAUUGCAUUUGGCCUUAUCGCCACGUCUGAUGGAACUCCUAUUAGAAUUACAAAGAAUCUUAGGGUUUGUGGUGACUGCCACACAUUUAGCAAGUUUGUAUCAGCUAUUACAAAUAGGGAGAUUAUUGUCCGUGAUGCAAACCGGUUUCACCUCUUCAGGGAAGGGACCUGCUCAUGUGGAGAUUAUUGGUAAUUGAAGUUUGUUUUACCAAGGCAGAAAGGUUGCUUCUUUAACAUGCUCUUAUGCUCAAUGUCCCAAUGUUGCUGUUGGUGCACAAAAAUUCGGGGGGAAGAUUACCCAACAAAAAUCUCCCUCCUUCCAUCUUCGAGAAGCCCUAGACGCAUCCAUCUCGCAAUCGAUUAUGGGGAGAAGGGACCUGCAAAACAGAAAAACAGUCCGACGCCCAAGUAAAUAUCAAUUCGAGAAGAAUAUAAAAUGAAAUUGGAUUGAUACUUGUUACCGUUGUCCUCUCUCCUCUCCCGAUUCCUCUAUAAGCUUGAGAAUUUAUAGUCAUUCGUUGCUUCGUCCUCCCUCCAUGGUUCUUGGCCCUUACUCUAUGUUGUAGUGGGAGAAGAGGUGUUUUCACGUCCUCCACUACCCCAUCAGUUUUCCCUUCAUUUUACUUUAGCAAGUUGUUAGUCACUUUUGGACUUUGAUUAGUGGGCUUGGUUUAAUGGGUGGGAGCCCAAAGCCAAAAUUUUACACCCCCACAUGCCCCCUUUUUUCUUUCCGUACGAGCUCUGAGUGCGGGAAGGAAAAACAA